CUGUCAGAUGUUGUGAUUGGUCAGUGCGUCCUAACAGCAUGAGGACAGUUUAUUAGGUACAUGGUGUUCCUAAUGCACUGGCCUAAGUUAGAUGUUCAACAACUCCUCCGUGGGGACAAGAUUGACUGGAAAUGAAAUGGCAGCGUGGAAUGUUCUAGCAUCAGUCCUGAAGUCCUGAAGUCCCUUUGAUAGUCGCCGCCUCGGACGCUGGACGCGGUGUUGCUGCUGCAGACCAGAACCGUUCUGGGCUCGGCUCGUCUCGCCUGGACUAGCUCUCUUCUGCCAGGGAGGGAGAGAGAGAGAGAGAGAGAGAGAGAGAGAGAGAGAGAGAGAGAGAGAGAGAGAGAGAGAGAGAGAGAGAGGCGCGAGUGUGCGCGGAGACUCGUCAGGUGUGCGCGGCGCUGCUGUUCCACGUCCACGUCCACGCACAUGUCCACGUGCGGAGGAGCUGUGACGUCUGCGCGGGAAGAGGUGCGCGCUAGUGCGGCCACACGUGCACCGUGACAGGACGCGAGCACGGCGGCUGCGGCGUGUCGGUGUUGUGCCGCACUCCUGUUUCCAUCACUGGACCGAGGAGGAGGUCGAGGAGGUCGAGGAGGCAGGAGACAGGAGACAGGAGACAGGAGACAGGAGACAGGAGACAGGAGGCAGGAGACAGGAGACAGGAGACAGGAGACAGGAGACAGGAGGCAGGAGGCAGGAGACAGGAGGCAGGAGACAGGAGACAGGAGACAGGAGACAGGAGGCAGGAGGCAGGAGACAGGAGACAGGAGACAGGAGACAGGAGACACCAUGGCUCAGGGGUGGAGAGGAACAGGUUCAUCACGGAAGCACAGCGCCCCCCGCUGGUGCCUUCAAAAUAUUGCGCAAGAAUCUGUGGACAGCUCCGAUGAAGAGUUUUUUGAUGCCAGAGCAGAUGUCAUGGAGGGGAAAAGUGCCAUUCUGCUUGGCAUGAGUCAAUGGAACUCAAAUGACUUGGUGGAACAGAUUGAAACGCUUGGACACAUGGAGGACCAGUCUCAUGAGGGUCUCUAUCAACUUGCCGAUCCACGCUGUGGCCCCCAGAGCAGCACUGAGGGACUGGAGGAUGUAGAGAAUUCCAAAUGUGGGACCCAUGUUCUGCUGCUGGUUGUACACGGGGGGAACAUUCUGGACACGGUUGGCGGGGACCCGAGCGCGAAGGCCGGCGACGUGGCCACCCUGGCGUCCGUGCUGGAGAAGGUGACGCGAGCUCACUUCCAGGCUGCCGCCCAACACGUGAUGAUCAAACUGGUGACGUGCCCGGCUGUGUGUGCCGAGGCCUUCUCGCUGGUGUCCAAUUUAAACCCUUACAGCUACGACGAGAGCUGCGUGUCGAGCAGCGUGGACCACCUGCCGUUGGCUGCCCUCCCGCUCCUCGCCAUCGUGUCGCCACGCUACCAGGACGCCGUGGCUACAGUCAUCGCCCGGGCCAACCAGGUCUACCGCAGCUUCCUGCACUCCGAGGAUGGUCAGGGCUUCUCGGGUCAGGUGUGCCUGAUGGGCGACUGUGUUGGAGGCGUCUUGUGUUUUGAUGCUCUGUGCUUCAGCAGCCAGCAGAGGCCUGGCAGCCCUAAGAACAACAACAACAACAACACCCCCAGCAGCAGGAACAACAGCACUGAAAGUCUGAAGGAAAACUCCGGUCUGCUGGGGGAGUCCAGCCCGGGUCUGAGCACCAGCAAGAGGCUGAGCAAGAGCAACAUCGAUAUCUCCGCCCCCAAUGAAGGCCGCAGCCAGGGGGCGCCACCUCUCAGCCGCAAGCAGAGCGACUCGUACGAUGGCGAUACGUCGUCUACUGGCCAGCACGUCUUCUUUUCCAGUCUGAUGAAGGACAGUGUGGAGGUGCGCAGCAGCAGCAGCAGCAGUCUGCUCUUUAAUCCCGGCCGCUUUGACUUUGAGGUGUCAGACUGCUUUCUACUGGGCUGUCCUCUGGGCCUGGUACUGGCCAUGCGGCGCACGGUACUGCCUGCCGUCCAAGUGAAUCAGCUCCAUCCGGCCUGUUCCCAAAUCUUCAACCUGUUCUACCCGUCUGAUCCUUCGGCUUCCAGACUGGAACCACUGCUGCAACCGCUUUUUCACAAGCUGCCGCCGUAUGCUGUCCCCCGUUACCAGCGGUACCCUCUCGGGGACGGACGCUCACUGGUCAUAGCCGAGAGUAUCCAAAGCCAUCCGGAUGUGUUUAUGGAUGGAGAGCAGACUCCACAGUCGUCCUUUGAGACCAAAUGGAAAGGAGGAGGCGGAGAAGAGAGAGUUCGCCGGGCCAGCGUCACCAGCGUGGAAAGUGGAAUGUCGAUUGGUUCUAGUGGCCAUCAGCUGUGCAACACCAUUGCCAACAUUUCCAGUAGCUGGUGGGGAUCAAAAAGGCUGGAUUACUCCCUGUACUGCCCUGAUGUGUUGACCGCUUUUCCCACGGUGGCGUUGCCUCACCUUUUCCACGCCUCCUACUGGGAGUCAACCGAUGUAGCAGCCUUCGUCCUCAGACAGCUCAUGCGGUGUGACUUCAUGAAGAGGCAGGAAGCCGACAGUCUGGACUCGGCGCCCUUUUCGCCCUCCAGCCCGCGGGAAAAGUGGCUUCGGAGGAGGACGCACGUCAAACUGCGGAAUGUCACUGGCAACCAUCGAGUGAAUGACAUAAUUGCCACAGAGGAUGGACCCCAGACGCUGGUCGGCCGCUUCAUGUACGGCCCCUUGGAUAUGGUGACGCUAACUGGAGAAAAGGUGGACAUCCUGCUGAUGACACAACCCCAGUCUGGACGCUGGGUGCACUUUGACACUGAAGUGGCCAACAGCAGCGGCCGGGUCACGUACACCAUACCCAACGACAAGAAGCUCGGCCUUGGAGUCUAUCCCAUUAAAAUGGUCGUCAAGGGAGAUCAGACGUCCGCUGAAGCCUACCUCACGGUGCUGCCCCGAGGAAUGGAGUGCGUGGUCUUCAGCAUCGACGGCUCCUUUGCCGCCAGCGUGUCAAUCAUGGGCAGCGAUCCCAAGGUCCGCCCCGGUGCUGUGGAUGUAGUCAGGCACUGGCAAGACCUGGGCUACCUGAUCAUCUACAUCACAGGUCGUCCUGACAUGCAGAAACAGCGCGUGGUGUCCUGGCUGUCACAGCAUAACUUUCCUCACGGGAUGAUCUUCUUCUCCGAGGGUUUGGUUCACGAUCCCCUGCGACAGAAGACAAUCUUCCUCCGGAACCUCAUACAGGAGUGUCACAUUAAGAUCAACUCUGCUUAUGGAUCCAUGAAGGACAUCUCUGUUUACAACAUGCUCGGCCUCGGCCCCUCACAGAUUCAUAUUGUGGGCAGACCUUCAAAGAAGUACCAGAACCAGUGCCAGUUCUUGAGUGAGGGCUAUGCAGCACACCUCUCCACUCUCCAAUUUGGGCACAGAGCCCGGCCCAAGAAAUCCCCCUCGGUUCGCAUGGUGCUCAGGAAAGGCUCCUUUGGGCUCACCGCCAAGCCAGACUUCCUGUGCAAGCGCACCCACCUGCGCAGGACUAUGUCGGUCCAGCAGCCCGACCCGCCCUGCACACCCAACCCAAAGCCCGAGCGAGCCCAGAGCCAACCGGAGUCGGAUAAGGACCACCCUGGAGGGGGAGGCAGCGGCGCAGGGGGACAUGGCGUUUGGGGACGAGCCUCGAUGCUUCGCGGAGACACGACUCCCUGACGUCGGACAACGCGAAGCAUUGAACACUGGAAGAUUGAGGAAAGUGAAAGGAUUGAUGCCGAGGUUAGAUCUUUUUUUGUGUGGAAAAUGAAACUCCUCGUAAUGAAGUCCAAUACAAGAGUUGUAACACAAAUGCUGCUUUUUCAAAAUGAAUAAUACUCGUAAUGCCACUCUAAAACCCGCCCACAUCAGAGUGGUUACACUAAAUACGUGGAAGGAGGUUUCAUCUACCAAUUACUUUUCACAUCCAGCCAGAGAGAAGAAGCUGUUGUAGCGUGCAUACACACACUGCAUCAACACAACCACACACGUACAACAACCGGCGCAGCCUGGAUGGGUGUCGUUUUUUUUUUCAAAAUGAACGGACUUCUAUGACAUUCCCGGAUGCUCCACCAGUUUCACACAGCCGAGAAAAAAAGGUGUCAAGGCAAAGUCCGCCUCAUUAGUGAUGCCUCCAUUCACGACUCGCUUACCUGAGGUGGGCGUGUCCGCGGUCUGGUUGGGAGAAUAUGAAUGAGAGCUUAAAGAACAUCAAAAACCUAACCUACUCAGUGGUUAGAGUGUCCGCCCUGAGAUGGGUAGGUUGUGAGUUCAAACCCCGGCCGAGUCAUACCAAAGACUAUGAAAAUGGGAGCCAUUACCUCCCUGCUUGGCACUCAGCAUCAAGGGUUGGAAUUGGGGGUUAAAUCACCAAAAAUGAUUCCCGGGCGCGGCCACAACUGCUGCUGCUCACUGCUCCCCUCACCUCCCAGGGGGUGAUCAAGGGGAUGGGCCAAAUGCAGAGGAGAAAUUUCACCACACCUAGUGUGUGUGUGACAAUCAUUGGUACUUUAACUUUAACUUUAACAUCAAAAACACAGCGCAAACGAAAGAAUCGAGCGCA